AGAGUCAAGUGGGAGUGGUUAGCUGGUUGACUAUAGCGUGACAGCUCCUCGCCCACCUGACAUUACUUACUCACUCGGUCCACAUUGACGGCGGCUGUGAGAAGCUAGAGGCAACUUUAAAGCCAGUAAAAACCUUCCUCCUCUUCUUAGAAGCUACUACCAAGAAUCUACAAUGGUAAGUGUUUUUCAUUAUUAUCUUUUCUUUACAUAUUGGAGAGAAGUUUCCACUCUUCCGUUUAUUUAUCCUUUACAGCGAAGUUAACGUUUGUUCAGCAGUUGCGUUUUGACGCAUACGUCAGUCACUGUUCAGGAAAUAAAAGUGUUAAAUAUAUCAGAGUGAAGGUGCGAACGAGCAGCUCUGUUCUGCUCUCUCUGUACUCCUGCAGCAGCUCUCGUGUCAGAAAUAGACUCAGUGACUGGCAGUAAAGCUGAGCUGGCUGCUGGCCUGGAAGAGCAGGUGCUGAUGAUUAGUCUACGUCUUCAGCACACCAGGAAAAACAAACAUAUCCAACUUCACAAACAGUAUAUUUUGUUCUUUUCUGUGUUCUUUACCUAUCUGUACCUAUAAUAACUUUGACAGAGAUAAGUGUUUUAUUCCUAAGAGCGUAAAAUCCAGUCAGGUAAGGAAUUUAGGCGUGUCUCAUGAGAAACUGUCAGCAAGUCAGCACAGAUUGAGACCAGGGCCAGUUUUUUUUCUUCUCUGCAAUACGGGAGCUUCCCUUUUUCAAAUUCAAAGUGAGCUGCAUAAAUUGUAAAAGUGACUCACCAUGCAAGUACAGCUCAGGCUUUGCUGCUUUAGUGAAACCAACAAUACAAUGUUGUUUGGAUAUGUAGAAAGCAAAGUCACAUGCUUUCCACAAUAACAGUGGAAUCAGACUAAAAGCUAAUCCCUGCUGCAUGAAGUUGAUUGUAAUAACUGUACAAUAUGGCCCAAUGUUUCUGGGCCAGGAACCAGCACCCAAACACGGGCUAAUCUUUGGUCUGUUUGCACAGUAGUAUAAACACAGCUUGUUAGCAUUGCCGAAACUGUGACCAAACGGUGUCAUUGUGUACACUUCUGCUGUAUUCCCGCCCUUAUCAAACAGCUCUGAUCACUAAAGUGCAGUUCAUAUACUAGAGUUAGGUUCAAAUCCUUACUUUAUCCUGGCAUACAGCAAAAGUUACAAUCAAACAACUGUAAUUUAGAUUGUUAAGGGAGCCUCAACUAUCAUUUAAAAAAGGGUUAAAGAAUUACAAGCUGAAGAUCAUAAGUCAGUUCACAUGGCUGUUUCACUCCACGAAGGACAUUUCUAUAAUUGGCAUAAUCCAAGCUUGUUACACAAUUCAAUUACAAGUAAUGUCCAGUUAAAGCAUGACACAUAAAAUUACAUCUGAAGCCUACUCUAAAGGGAGGCAUUUAAAGAAUAGAGUAUUAAUAAAACAAACCACCAGUUUCCUCAAUUAUGUGCAACGGCAGAUCAAGUCCUAUUUGGCCUCGCCUGUUUGCUGAUGGCGCUUGUUGUUGGACUCUUCCUAUCUUAAACACACACUCUUAAAGCCGGCCUGACCACAUAUCAUGUUCAUUUUCACAGUUAAAACAAGCAUGAAUGGAGACAGAUGUGGAUCAGUUAGUUAGCAUGUGGGGCCUAAUCAAGCUGCUCAGUGACACAUCAGUUGAAUCAGUCCGGGCCAUCACCACAGGAAAGACCCGUGACUUCCUUUUUAUUCAUAAAGAUCAGCAGUUACUAUGGUAAUGUCCACAUUAAACUGAAUGACACAGUUGGUUUAAGUCUUCAGCAGGAUUAUGACUUCAGUGAUAGACCAGGAUCUUAUCUGAAGUAUAAUCAUCUACACACCUGUCAUCUUGGGUGUAGACACUGUUUUGUUUAAUCAUCAUCUAUCUCCACCUUUUGGUGAUGGUAAAUUACAUCUGUAGAAGCAUAACUUUGUUCCAUUUUUAUCUGUCUGCCUCUGAAAGGAUCCUGAGUGAGUUAAUAGGCAAUUAUGACAGAAACAAACCGGAAUCUCGAGUUCAUAUGGACGAAACGUAGACAUGCUGUUGUUUUUGUCAUCCAGACACACCCUGACAGGUUCUUGAAGGUUUGGCAUUUGGCAGUACUCUGUCUCUUGUCUUGAACUGGCAGUUACUCAUACAUGAACUCAUAGGGGACAAUACCCCAUUCACUUGUAACGUCAUGUUCACAGGACAUGAAUCAUUUUCACCUUCAGUGUAAAAGCAGUUGUUUCCAAAUUGCAGAACACUCCCAAACGAUUGGGUGUAAAAUUCAACUCAGCAGUGACCUCUAUUUUGGAAGCUGCCAGUCAGUGUUUACUGAAACAGUCAGCCUCUGCUGCUAGGUGUCAGGUUAGCAUAAGACACCUAAAAUAGCUGCUGCACAGAGCUCUGCUAACCUGGAAAACUAGGGUCACUGCUGCAGCACAUAGAUAUGGCUGAUGAACCAGGGAAUACUAAAAAUAUUCUUUUGACCUAUAUGGACUAAGUGAGAAGGAAACUGAAGUUGUGUCUGGUGAUUCUCUUCUACUUUGCAGAGAGGCUAGCCCCCCCCCUCAGCUACCAGCACAUGGAUUAAUCCUUCCAUAUGCAAUACAUCAUGAUCUGAUAAGACUUUAGGCACCAAUUCAAAUUGAUAGAGGGGAAUGGCAACCAGAUAGGAAUGUGUGACUUCAGGCUAAUCUAUAUCUGACACUCAAAGAAGCUAUGGUUCAAAAAGCCUGUUAAAAUCUGUUCUUUCCUUCUGAUUGAUAUACCAAGUUUCCUGCCUUUGUCCAGUGCAAACAGAGAUGCAAGCCAGAGAUACUUGUAUCUAACCCGAAGGGUGGAAUCUCUGAUAGUGGAUAGGUAUUUCUAAAAUUUGAGUCGCCCAAACUUGCUCUGUGCCUCAGGCCUCAAUUCCAAGUACAUCUGUUGUGGUUCUGCGAGAACAAGAAGAAAUUUGUCGACUCUGAUUGUAUCAUUUUCCCUUAUUUGAUUCCAUACAGAAACAAAGGAAGCUUUUAAAGAUGCUUAAACUUACAAAUCAGCCUUUAUAACAUACAGAGAACACCAGAUUAGUAUUACACAGUCAGGCAUUAAAAUGGUUGUUUUCUUGAGUAGCGUUAUCCUCUUACUCUCAAAAGUGAUUUACAAAUUUCAACACUGGCAUACUAUUUUGCAUCACAGAGAGACUCAUUCAAAUAAAGCAAUGCAGAUCUUGUGACUCAUACAGAGGGUAUUUUAAAGACCAAAUCCCUUUUCUCCUUCUUAAUACACCAUAUAGUUUAUUCAGUACAGUCAUUGCAGUGAAGCUGAUUUCAGUCAUCUUUGUAGCAGAAGGGUUAAGUGCUCAGUUGUUCUCUGAACUCAGCCUUGCUCAGACAGUCACAAGAUCGACUGACAGCUGCAGUAAAUCUGUUUUGCCAGUUCUUUCAACUUUAAACCUCCCCCCACUAAUAAAUUUGGCUUCAGCCCUCUGGCAAAGUGUCUAAAAUAUGAACCACUGGGCUUGUGUGUGAAAACUGGUCACAUUCAAGAACAACUUGUACUCCACUAGAGUUUACGGUAGUUUCUCCAUGUCAUCUCGCCUGCGUUUUUCAAGCAACUUCUUUUGUUUCUCUCUUUUUUUUUCUCCUCCAGCGUGAAUGUAUCUCUGUCCACGUAGGCCAGGCUGGUGUCCAGAUGGGAAACACCUGUUGGGAGCUUUACUGUCUGGAACACGGUAUCCAGCCGGACGGUCACAUGCCCAACCUGAAGACUCCAGGAACCAAAGAUGACUCAUUCACCACCUUCUUCAGUGAGACCGGAGCUGGAAAAUAUGUCCCCAGAGCCAUUUUUGUUGACCUUGAACCCACUGUCAUUGGUCAGUAGUAUUAUGAGUUAACUUUUUUUUUUUUUUUUGUUUAUAUCAAGAAUUGAAACCUUAGGCUUCUGAUGUUCAUGUCAAUAACCCCCCCAAAAGUUUCCUUUUCUGACAAUUUCAGACUUUUUAGUGGAAAACUGGGAGUGUCUCAAGUUGAGGAUCCUCCCUUCAUUAAAUAUUCAUUCCAUGUUAUUGUUUCUUUCUUCAGAUGAGGUGCGAACGGGAUCAUAUCGUCAACUCUUUCACCCUGAACAGCUGAUUUCUGGAAAAGAGGAUGCAGCCAACAACUAUGCCCGUGGCCAUUACACCAUUGGCAAAGAGAUCAUUGACUCUGUCCUUGACAGGAUCCGUAAACUGGUAAGGUUUCUGAAGAAAGUCCUCAAAUCUUGCACACUUUUAGCUGUGCUGUACCCAGUCCUCACUCUACAUCCUGUUUAUCUUGGUUCUUUCUAUCUGUAGAGUGAUCAGUGUACAGGCCUCCAGGGGUUCCUGGUCUUCCACUCCUUUGGUGGGGGAACUGGCUCAGGUUUCACCUCCCUGCUCAUGGAGAGACUCUCUGUUGACUUUGGUAAAAAGUCUAAGCUUGAGUUUGCCAUCUACCCAGCCCCUCAGGUCUCCACUGCAGUAGUGGAGCCCUACAACUCCAUCCUGACCACCCACACCACCCUGGAGCACUCUGACUGUGCCUUCAUGGUGGACAAUGAAGCCAUCUAUGACAUCUGCCGCAGGAACCUUGAUAUUGAACGCCCAUCAUACACCAAUCUGAACAGGCUCAUCAGCCAGAUUGUUUCUUCAAUCACAGCCUCUCUUCGUUUUGAUGGAGCCCUGAAUGUUGAUCUGACAGAGUUCCAGACCAACUUGGUGCCCUACCCUCGUAUCCACUUCCCUCUGGCCACUUAUGCCCCAGUCAUCUCCGCUGAGAAAGCCUACCAUGAGCAGCUGUCUGUUGCUGAGAUUACAAACGCCUGCUUUGAGCCAGCCAAUCAGAUGGUGAAGUGUGAUCCUCGCCACGGUAAAUACAUGGCCUGCUGUCUGCUGUAUCGUGGUGAUGUGGUGCCAAAGGAUGUCAAUGUCGCCAUUGCUGCCAUCAAGACCAAACGCACCAUCCAGUUUGUGGACUGGUGCCCCACAGGCUUCAAGGUGGGCAUCAACUAUCAGCCUCCAACCGUGGUUCCUGGAGGAGACCUGGCCAAGGUGCAGAGGGCUGUGUGCAUGCUGAGCAACACCACCGCUAUUGCUGAGGCCUGGGCCCGCCUUGACCACAAGUUUGACCUCAUGUAUGCCAAGAGAGCCUUUGUCCACUGGUAUGUUGGAGAGGGAAUGGAGGAAGGAGAGUUCUCAGAGGCCAGAGAAGAUAUGGCUGCCCUGGAGAAGGAUUAUGAAGAGGUUGGGGUCGACUCUUUCGAUGAAGAUGAGGAGGGGGAGGAAUAUUAGACAGGCUCAGCUGGGAUUUUUUUAAGUUGUUUUCACAGACAUAAGAGUCUAUUUAUUUUACAAAUAAUGCCCAAGUUACAAAAUAUAUUUUGUGUUUUGGUUUCAAUUCUACAAAUUGUUUUUAUUUCCCUCUGUAAUUGAAAAUUUUCUUACUUUGCAGCUGUGGUUGUAAGUUUUCUAUGUGCCUGCAGAACCAUUGUAGAACAACUUUUGAGUCCAUUAAAACCAUUCAUUAAUUUGUUUAGUUAAAACAAUGGAACAUUGUGCAAUACCUAGACUUUUCUAAGUUUGAAAAUGUGUUGUUGCUCAAUAAAAAAUUCCUCCAUAUACUG